CCACAGGACGGAAACACCAGGGACCAGCUCCAGCCCAAGCGAGCUGCCCAGAAGGCAUCAGCUCCAAAGGCAGUGGUGACGAGGCCGGGGGCCCGGGUGUUGGUGUACACCCCUGAGAGACUCGGCCAGCCCCCCAGGACUGCACAUGGCCAGUCACCCCCUACCCGAGACCCUGGACCUGGGCUAAGCGGCAGGGCUGACAGCCAGGAGCCUCAGCUGAGCCAGGAGAUUCGGCGGCUGCAGAAAGAGCUGAGCACCUAUGUCCAGCGGAUCGAACAGCUGGCUCAAAGAGGUAUGGGGGCAAAAAGGCAAAGGAGGGGCAGGAGUUUCAGUGGCAGAUUUUUCUAUUUUCUAUCAACUCUUCCCAUGUUUCUCCCUUUGUCAAAGUCCAGAGCGAUGGACAGACUGGCCGCCGCCCACAGAGGGGCUGUCCGGGCUCUACAGGUGUUUGUUAAUCAACUGCCUGACCAAUCAGAAGACAGGGCACUGUCCCACUACAAGGAGCUGGGCCAUCUGAUUCGCCAGCUGUCCCUGUGUUCCGCCAAACUGGAGUCGGGCUCGAGUUCCUCUGUGCCUGAGACAGCUGUCGAUAUCCUGCAGAAGCUGGAGGCCUUGGAGUCUUUGCUCGGCAAGCAGGAGCGGGAGAGUCCCGGCCGAGGCGGCUCCCGAGCCCAGAGCAGUUCACCGCCGGCGCGGAGAGCUCCCCGCGGCCGACGGCACAGCGCGUCGCCCCCCCGGGGGACCAGGGGCCCCACUGCCAGGGGCAGGAGCCUCAGAGCGGGGCAGAGACCGGCUGUGGCCAAAAGGAUCGUACCAGGCUGCAAGCUGCUGGAGCUUGGCAUCAGUGGCGCAGCCUGGCGCCGAACUGGUCCUGGAAGAGGCUCUGUGCUCCAGCUGCACAUUUCCGAUCCUGUGGGGUUCAGCCACAUGCAGGCUAGCGUCCAGUGCGCUCCCUUCCAGACUGUCAAAGGCUCGUCGUUUGUGGUAUCUAUCCUUGUACCUGCUCUUUCAAGUCUUGACAAAAAGGAGCACAUUGCAAUAUGGGAACAUAACCUGUCCUGUUGUCAAAACCUUGAUAAGAACCACUUAAGAUUCACAUUAUCCUUAAAGGAGCGUACAAGAUCAUCUUUUCCUUCUGCUCUUCGACUAUGCAUGCUGACGCAGGAACAGAGGCUUCUUCCCCGGGAUGCUGGCUUCCAGCAGCCCACUCUGUCCUCCAGACUGAAGGAGAACCAGCCCCCCCAGAAAGACACCCCUGCACCCUGGAUCCCCCCCAGCCCCACUUCCCCCAGGGCAACAGGUGCCAGGCGGGCUUCUCGGAAAAAAGAGGGAGCUGGAGUUCACUUCUGCCCACAGAAAGUGUCUGCUGCCCCCCCUGUGCUGGAGGAAACUCCAGGAAACAGCCUGGGGCUAGACAGGAAACAGCAAGCUCACAGGGAGGCCCUCAGGCAAGCUUGGCUGGACAAGGAGACCACCCGUAGGCUGAAGGAGCUCAACCAGCUCAGCAGAGAAGAAGCAGAGCGCAUCCAGAGACUCAGAUUCUGUGGUUCUCUUCAGAAAGACCAUGAAGCAGUGCGUCAGCGCUGCGCUCACAUUGCGUACUCCGAUGCCAGGUUCUGGGCUGAAGAAGACAGGGCAGGCACUGUCAGGAGUCCUGUUAACAACAGGCCGGUCAGCCCCCGACCCAUCAGAGUGACCAGGCCUGUGCUGAGGCAGGAGCCUGAGGUGGACAUAGUGCUGGAGCUCCCUGUGGAGACUGAGAGAGGGUCUGUGUCCGAGAUCUCUAUGGAUGGCCUCUCCUCCUUGACACGUCCCCAAAGUCCUCCUACACAGGCCACAGAGAAGUGCGGCACUCUCCUCUCUCUCCCAGUCGGAAUGCAGAACCACAUCCAGCGGUACCGCGAGCGCUAUGAGGCGUACCUUCGUCUCAUCUCCCAUGAGGCCCUGGGGAACUUCAACCCCUGGGCCAUCGCCGACAGCCUAGCCGAGGAGCUGAUGUCGGAGGCCCUGGAUGAAGUAGCCGCGGAGUUCCAGGAUGUGUGUGAGGAGUAUGCGGAGGCCGUCUUCACUUCCGAGUUCCUGCAGCCCACAGAAUCGCCAGCCAGCCAGCAGUGAUGCUCGUUUUGACAGAACAUCACGUCCAGAACAAUGACCAGUAAAACACCCAGCCAACAUGAUUACACAUUCCUGUCCAAGCUCAUCCAUCCCAGAGUUUUACUCGUUUUCCGAAAGAGCAUCUGGUAGCAGCACUGCAGAAUCCAUCUCAUUUGACGUUACAUUUGAUAAGAUACAAGGAUUUGCUUCCAAAAAGGCAGUUACCGUCUUUAAUUGUUUCCCGCAUCUCGGAGCAGAGCAUGUAAUAUACAGAGCCAGAAAAGAGGUCAUUCAAGGAAGUCUCAUCCUGCUGUUAGAAAACAUGGCCCUUGUUAAUUAAAUCCUAUUCUUCAUCUUUGUUAAUGUCAAAUCUUUUAUAAACUAUUGUUAUAUAGCACUUCAGAUGAUUACACCGGUUUUCAAAAGCCACAGACCUGUUAAGUUAGAUGCUGGGAGCAGAUGCAGAUCAAGGGAAUCCUGUUUCCAAAAAUAAUCUGAUAUAUUGGAUUGAGUGAUGUAUCGGAGGGAAUGUGUCGAGGGAAAUAAAAAGAUGAUUCGCACAGUA